CACAAUUUAAAAAAUAAUAAAGAUAAUAAUAUAAUUGACAAUGAAAAUAAUAAAAUGAUAAAAAAAGAAAAGAAAAAAGAAAAAAAAAUAGUGAAUUAUUAUUUAGAGAACCCGGUACUAGAAAAAGACAAUAACGAUGGUACUAGUAGUAGUAGUAGUAAUAAUAAUAAUAGCAAUAGUGGUGAAUUAUUUUUAAUAAUUUUUAGAAUCAAUGAUAUUAGAAAUAAAAUAUUCUAUUAUUUAAAAUUUUAUCAAAUUCAUUAUCAAAAGAGAUGCUAUACAAUUAAUAGAUUGGUGUCAUAUUAUUAUAAAGAAUAUUUAAGAUCAGUAUUAAUUAAAACCGAUAGUAGCAUUGGUGAUGAUAGUAAUGGCCAAUUAACAGAAAUGAAACUAUCACAAUUACCAGACUCAAUUAAAUUUAUAGAGUUUCAAUCAAAGUUUAACAGUGUAAUUAAUGUAGGGUCUUUCAAACAAGAUUCAAAUAUUGUUGGUAUUCAAUUUGGGAAAAGCUAUGACCAACCAAUAAAGCCAGGUUCAUUUCCAAAGCAAAUCAAAUAUUUAUCUCUAGGCCAAAAGUACAACCAACGUUUAGAGAUUGGAACUCUUAUCGAUUUAAAUAAUCUCUACUAUUUAAACAUGGGCAGUAAUGGUGGGAAAUCAAUUAUUUCAGGUUCCAUUCCAAGGAAUGUUAAAGAACUUUCAAUAGGCGAUGAAUAUAACAAAAAGAUAUUAGAUGGCAUGUUGCCACCAGGCUUAUUAUCACUGACAAUAGGAUCUUCUUUUGAACGUAAAUUAAGAGAGAACUCACUUCCCCAAUCAUUAACCUCUUUAACACUCGGUAAUAAAUUUAAUAACGAAAUUAAAGAAAACUGCCUUCCUCCAUCUCUUACCUAUCUUCAGUUUGGCUAUUUCUACAACAAAGCUUUUCAGGUUGGUGUUUUACCUGAAAAUUUAAAAACCCUUAUUUUGGGAUACAAGUUCAAUCAAAAAAUCGAACCAAAUCAAUUACCAGAAUCACUAGAACACCUUCAUCUUGGAUUUAUGUUUAAUCAAAACCUUAUUGAAGGAUGUUUACCAAGUUCUUUAAAAAAACUCAUCAUCAGCAAUAAUUUUAACAAAGAGAUUAAAGAAAAUGUUUUACCAGAUGGAUUGGAAUAUUUAGAUAUGGGUCAAGAUUAUAAUUUUCCAAUUGACAUUCCAUGUAAAAGUAAUGAAAAUGAAAUGAAGCUAUUUUCGAUUUUACCAACAAGCUUAAAAUUUUUAAAACUUUCAAUUCAGUAUAAUCAAGAAAUUAAACAUCCCGGUAUUUUACCUGAGGGUUUACUAUCCUUAGAGUUUGGAUUCUUUUAUAAUCACAAAUUUAACAAUAAUAUUUUACCAUCAACAUUAACCGAACUCAUUGUAUCACAUCCAUUCGUUGAUAAUAUCCCCAAAUCCAUCAAAUCACUCUAUCUAAAUUCAAUCAAAGAGUCUAUUGAAGUUAAUACAAUCCCUAGAACUGUAGAAUCAUUGCACAUUGACUCAUUUACAUUCAAUGUUAAUGCAGGCUCAAUUCCUUCAAGUUUAUUAUCGAUUACUUUUGGAAGCUAUUUCAAUAUACCAUUUAAAUUGGAGUGGUUUGAAAUUGGUUCCAAUUUAACCACAAUCGACUUUGGAUAUUUCUAUAACCAACCCAUCCAACCUUACUCUAUACCAACUUCAGUUACCUCGUUGUCAUUUGGACUCAGAUUUAGCCAAGACCUCUCAAAAGAUGGUAUUUUACCAGAGAACCUUCAAGUUUUGUCGAUUGGUGACAGUUUCCCAGUUAUAGAUUUUUACAAACUACCAAAAUCUUUAAAUAGUUUAAUUGUUUUCAGUACCAAUGAAUUAUUUUUAGAAUUAAUCAAUUUAGAUUUAUUCUAUCCAAUUUUAAAAGUUAAAAAU